CUCCCUUUCCGUCAGCCUUUCGCUCUGGCACGCCUCGUUCCCUUCGGUAUUACUCACGGCGGGAAGUUGCCGCUGCCGUCUUCUUUUCGGACAUCACCGCGUGUUUGAAAGCUCAGCUCGCGGCAGCCCCCUUCCCCUUCCCCACCAACGGCCGCCGUCGCUGUCCCUUCUCGUUGUGGAUCUGUGCACAAGGCGGGCGUGUGUGCGAUGGACGGAGAGGAUCUGACGAGCUGCUUUCUGCUGGUAUUGUUAACGGCCCCUCUACCAUGAGCAAUUCUACUUCGGCUGCAGCUAAUGGAAACAACACAAAAAAAUUUAAAGGAGACGGAUCUCCCAAUCCUCCUUCUCGUGUUCUUCAUAUUCGUAAAAUUCCAAAUGAUGUUUCAGAAACAGAGGUCCUUUCACUAGGUAUACCAUUUGGCAAAGUUACUAAUCUGUUGAUGCUGAAAAGCAAAAGUCAGGCUUUCCUUGAAAUGGCUUCAGAAGAAGCAGCCGUUACUAUGGUGAACUAUUACACUACAGUCACUCCACACCUCCGCAAUCAGCCCAUAUACAUCCAGUAUUCCAACCACCGGGAAUUGAAGACGGACAACUUGCCCAACCAAGCUCGCACUCAAGCUGCUCUGCAGGCAUUAAAUGCAGUGCAUACCAGUAAUAUGUCGAUGGUGGGCAGCACAGUUAAUGACGGGGCACUGCUUGCAGGCCAAAGUUCUGUCUUGCGCAUCAUUGUGGAGAACCUUUUUUAUCCUGUUACUCUGGAAGUCUUGCAUCAGAUCUUUACAAAGUAUGGGACUGUGCUGAAAAUAAUCACUUUCACAAAGAAUAAUCAAUUCCAGGCGCUCCUUCAGUAUGCUGAUCCAAUGCAUGCACAUCAUGCUAAGCUGGCAUUAGAUGGGCAAAAUAUCUACAAUGCCUGCUGUACUUUGCGUAUCGAAUUCUCAAAAUUGACCAGCCUUAAUGUUAAAUACAACAAUGACAAAAGCAGAGACUUUACACGCCUUGAUCUUCCUUCCGGCGACGGCCAGCCCACUGUUGACCCUCCUGUGGCCGCCGCUUUUGGUAAGGAAACUUCACUUCUAGGUGCACCAGGUAUCAUCUCCAGUCCCUAUGGCGCUGGUGGAUUUGGGCCUGCUGUUGGCUUCCCUCAAGCUGCAGGCCUUUCUGUUCAAGGAAUCCCAGGAGGACUUGGACAUCUUGGCCUUCCACAAGCUGCAGUAGGAGGUCGUCUAGCGAUGCAUGGAAUGGGCCCAGCAGUAAAUUCAGUCUUACUGGUCAGCAACCUAAACCCUGAGAAGGUUUCACCUCACUGGCUGUUCAUUCUCUUUGGAGUUUAUGGUGAUGUGCAUCGUGUGAAGAUACUGUUCAAUAAAAAAGAAAAUGCCUUAAUACAGAUGGCAGAUGCAAACCAAGCUCAGCUAGCCAUGAGCCACCUUAACGGCCAAAAAGUGCAUGGCCGAGUUUUGCGUGUGACAUUGUCAAAGCACCAGAUGGUCCAACUUCCUCGGGAAGGACAAGAAGAUCAGGGUCUGACAAAGGAUUACAGCAAUUCUCCACUUCAUCGCUUCAAGAAACCAGGAUCUAAGAACUUUCAGAAUAUUUUCCCUCCAUCAUCCACCCUACAUCUCUCAAACAUUCCACCUUCAAUCACAGACGAGGAUCUGAAGAACCUUUUUGAAAGUGCUGGAUUCUCAGUGAAAGCCUUCAAGUUUUUUCUGAAAGACCGUAAGAUGGCUCUUAUCCAGUUAGACAGUCUUGAAGAAGCAAUCCAGGCCCUCAUUGACCUUCAUAAUCAUGACCUUGGAGAAAAUCACCAUCUCAGAGUGUCCUUUUCUAAAUCCACAAUUUAAUAAUUCUUUUCAGUAUAGACUGGGGACCACACAAGUGGUAAGAUAGCAUUCAGACAGAGACUGAAAACCAAUGACCAACCAUGCCUGCAAGAGAUGUUUAGAUUAAUGAUUUAAGUGGGACACACAAAGUGGAGUUUCUCAUCUUGAGUGACUUUCCUUUUAUCUAUCUGUUGACUUCAAUUGAUACCAGUUUUCUUUAUUUUUUCCAUAAGUGCAGGUUUGUUGCAAGCAAUCAGCAGCCAUACAUGUUUAUUCACCUGUUAGUGGCUGGUUUAGUGAUUGAGAAUUUUUUUUCCAAAAGUUUACAAUCUUGGGAAAGGGGAAAAAUCAGGUUUGAUCUACAUGAUUGUCACACUUUAAAAACAAAUAUUUUAGUAAUUUUUCUUGGCAGGGGAAGAUUAAACAUCAUGGGUUUUCAUACCACUGAAGAUAUGAAAAAAUCAAUUAUUUACUGUGUACUUGUUUAAUUAUCAUGUGCCUUAUUAUCCAUUUACCAAUUAGAUUAGAAGCUUUUUUUCUGCAUUUUCUUCAGUAUAUGUAUUAUGGAUUCUUUUAAAAGGGACCUUUUGUCAUUGUAGGUUUUAGGUAAUUUUCUUUACACAUUUUGCAAUGUUGGAAAAUCUGCUACAUGCUUAAAUUUGAAUUACAAUUUAGUACACAGAUGGGAAUAACAAAUUUUCUUCCUCAUCAGGCAGACUGUUGAUCCAUGUUGUUUCCAUCCCAGUCAAGGGCUGCAGAUGUGCUACAGCAAAACUUCUGCAGGAGGCAUAAUUGAAUAAGUUUUACCAGUUCAAAAUGCCUGAAGUUUUUUUUUUGCUUUCCUUUCCCUUGAUCUACAAGAUGCAAAUGGCUUCAUUAUCUUAUCUGUGUGCUAAAGUUUUUUUAUGAUAUCUUUGAAUAUUUCAUUUAUUUCAAACUGUAGCUGUUAAGUUUAAGAAUGUUAAAUGUUGGCUUUUGUUUUGAGGGAAUUUUUGGCUUUUGAAUGUUUCAGUGUAGGUACUUUAAGUCCUCUCUGAACAUGUGUUUUUUUUUUAAUGUGAUUUUGUUAGACUCUAGCUAAAUAUCCAGCAAUUUACAUUAGGCUUUUGUUUUAUUGAAUGAUCGCUGGACUAACUGCAAGUCUAGAAAACAUCUUUAACUCUUCCAUUCUGAAAGAAUACUUCAGAGCUACACAGACAUUGCAAAGCUGCAACUAAACCAUGGUUAGAACUAUUGAUUUAUUAAAUACAAGACUUUUUAGUCCCAUUCAAGUGGAAUUCUAAAGGAGUACACACUUGACAGAAAAGAAAAUAGUGAAUGAUUCACUAAAAUAGGGAAUACAAGCUUUUAUUUCAGGGUUUCAGAGAGAAAAAAGGACCAAAGUUUAUGUGCCUUCAAUAGUCAGUUUAUUUUCUGUUCCCUCCCAUUUAACUUUUUAUUGUCUUUAAAGCUAAAAUAGAGAUGUGAAUGUAGUUUCAAAUAUAAAAGGAGGCAGAAUGAGAGAAAUAGAAUAAUUUGUUUUUCCUUUGCAAAGAGGUGUUUAGUUUGCACCAGGCUUGAAAGAGAGAACACUAAAGGUCACUAACUUGUACUAAAUCAGAUUUUUUUUCAGCACUGUCAUGCUGAGCAUUGAACCACUUCAUAAAAGAAGUGUCUUAAAAGAAUCUUUCAGAAUUGCACAGUAAUUUCCUCACCAACAAAUUUGGUGCCCUGAGCCAGAAUUCUACCAAAGUUGCAAUUCUGUUUUCACCAUUCCCUAUUUCAGUCUAAAGGGUGCUGCAUUAUGCCUUUGUUCUUAAAUACUGAACAAUAAUGUAGCAUUCAUAACAGUGAAAGACUGUUGUACUCUGUGCUGAAUUAAUUAACAUGGGCUCAUCCUCAGUGCGAGUUGCAUCAUUGUCUAAGUGCUGGUGAAAUUUCCAUUAAGAGAGUUAAAUAGACUGACACAGUGAGGUGUCACUUUUUUCCCCCAAAUUUAAAAACUUACCUUUGUAUGACACAGAAGAGAGAGAUUUACACAGUUGGUAUCCCAGAUUUGUGAUGUACUCUAGGUCAAUAUCAGACAUGUAAAUGCAUACAUUCAGUCAUGGGGGGUGUCGCCUACGUUCAGCACCCUGUAUAACUAGGUUUGAGACCUGCAGUUUUGUUUGUAGAAUGUCAUUGGAAUGCUUCUACCUGAGUAGUUAGACAAAGGUUGUAGCAUUUUCUGUGAAAUAUUUAAACUCUUUCAAGCUGCUUCCCUUAUGACAUUCAGUCAUCAGCAGGUAUAUAGGCUUUCCUCCCUGUUCCUUCAUGUACUUGAUCUGUUCUUAAAAUUCCUGCCUUUUUGAGUUUGUAAGAAUGUUCAGCAGACAAAGUGAAAAUGCUGUAAAUAUUUAAACAACUUUUUUUUAAAUGAGGUUUUUGGGAACAAGUAAAAGUACAAACUGGUUUUUAUAUGAAAACAUUGAUUGUCUUGUAUAUUUUGAUAAGCAACAGUACCAGGUUUCAUUUGUAAAGCAGUUUGUGUCAAAAGUGGAAGAAACAAAAUGGAUUCCAUUUCUGUUGAGAUUUGUUUUUAAUGCACAGAUAAUGAAAUAUUAAAAAUAAUAUUUUCUAA